CCCAAGUCUGCGUGGCUGGAAAGCCGAACUGUCGUGCGUAGGCCCUCUAUGCCGUCCUCGCUUUCCGGCUGCUGUCUCGGCACGGCGCUCACCUUCCCCUCUCCCUUUUCUCCCUGGCGGCUUACUUUGCGGCAGCGUUGAGAGCCCAACCCCCUUUCUCUGCGGAAUCACCAUGGCGGCUGGGACCCUGUACACAUACCCUGAACACUGGAGGGCCUUUAAGGCCCUCAUCGCUGCUCAGUAUAGCGGGGCCCAGAUCCGCGUGCUCUCCGCACCACCCCACUUCCACUUUGGCCAGACCAACCGAACCCCUGAAUUUCUGCGCAAAUUCCCUGCUGGCAAGGUUCCAGCAUUUGAAGGUGACGAUGGAUUCUGUGUGUUUGAGAGCAAUGCCAUUGCCUACUAUGUGAGCAAUGAGGAGCUGCGGGGCCGAACGCCCGAGGCCGCUGCCCAGGUGGUGCAGUGGGUCAGCUUUGCUGACAGUGACAUCGUACCCCCUGCGAGCACCUGGGUGUUCCCCACCUUGGGCAUCAUGCAUCACAACAAACAGGCCACUGAGAAUGCAAAGGAGGAGGUGAGGCGAGUCCUGGGGCUGCUGGAUGCGCACCUGAAGACCAGGACCUUCCUGGUGGGAGAACGAGUGACGCUGGCCGACAUCACAGUUGUCUGCACCCUGUUGUGGCUCUAUAAACAGGUCUUGGAGCCUUCUUUCCGCCAGGCUUUUCCCAAUACCAACCGCUGGUUCCUCACCUGCAUUAACCAGCCCCAGUUUCGGGCCGUCUUGGGGGAGGUGAAGCUGUGUGAGAAGAUGGCUCAGUUCGAUGCGAAGAAAUUUGCAGAGAGCCAGCCGAAAAAGGAUACCCCACGGAAAGAGAAGGGCUCGCGGGAAGAGAAGCAGAAGCCCCAGGCUGAGCGGAAGGAGGAGAAGAAGGCAGCUGCCCCAGCGCCCGAGGAAGAGAUGGACGAGUGUGAGCAGGCCUUGGCCGCUGAGCCCAAGGCCAAGGACCCCUUUGCGCACCUGCCCAAGAGUACCUUUGUCCUGGAUGAGUUUAAGCGCAAAUACUCUAACGAGGACACCCUGUCUGUGGCGCUGCCGUACUUCUGGGAACACUUUGACAAGGAUGGCUGGUCCCUGUGGUACGCCGAGUACCGUUUCCCUGAGGAGCUCACGCAGACCUUCAUGAGCUGCAACCUCAUCACUGGAAUGUUCCAGCGGUUGGACAAGCUGAGGAAGAAUGCCUUUGCCAGUGUUAUCCUCUUUGGCACCAACAACAGCAGCUCCAUUUCUGGAAUCUGGGUCUUCCGAGGCCAGGAGCUUGCCUUUCCGCUGAGUCCAGAUUGGCAGGUGGACUACGAGUCGUACACAUGGAGGAAACUGGAUCCAAGCAGCGAGGAAACCCAGACGCUGGUCCGAGAGUACUUUGCCUGGGAGGGGGCCUUCCAGCAUGUGGGCAAAGCCUUCAAUCAGGGCAAGGUGUUCAAGUGAGCACCUUGCCAUCACCUGGCUGCCUGCACCUGCCUUCAGGGAGAUGGGGGUCAUUAAAGGAAACUGAACACUGAA